AUGUCCCUUUCACCUAGUGCUCCUUUGUUGGCUCUGAGUGCGACAGUGACACAGAAAAUACAGAGACGAGUCAUCAAAGCCUUAGCCUUGAAUCAUCACACAUACGUGUAUAAAUCCCCUGACAAGAGGAACAUCAAGUAUAGUGUUAAAAAAGUUCCCGGUGACAUUGAUAUGGCAUGGACAUGGUUAGUGGAUGGUCUCAUGGAACUGGGAGCUUUGUUUCCAAAAACACUUAUAUACUGUAAGUCCAUUAGUGAUGUAGCGAAGAUCUAUGACUACAUAAAUGAUGAGGUGUCCAAAGAAUUUGAGUCAUUCAUUGGUAUGUUUCACUCUGAGACGGAGAGUUCUAUAAAGGAAAGAAUAUUGUUAUCUAUCAGGGAUGAGCAGAGCCUACUGAGGAUCAUCAUAUCCACAAAUGCAAUGGGUAUGGGAGUGGACUUUAAGGGUCUGUCUAACAUUGUUUUAUAUGGCCCACCUUGUUGA